AUGUUUCAUGAUGUUCCUCCCUCCAGUAAAAUUCUAGAGGGUUAUCGCUCUUUUACUCCUUCAGGACCUCGUCCAUUGACUGAAGAAUUCCAAGCAAUUUUGGCUGAGGCGGAUAAAGCCAAGAAAGGGGGCAGAGGGUCAAAGAAAGCUACCAAGAAAGACACUGCGAAAAAAGGACCUUCUGAGGCUGCGAAACCUCCCUCUAAAAAGCGAAAGGCUCCUGCUGCUUCUACUGCUGCACCAAAGAGAAGGAAGCAACCCGCUAAAAGGAGAAAGUCUCCCACUCAUACUCCAUCUCAGAGUGAAGGAGUAAAUUCUGAAUCCGAUACUGAGUCGGAGAUUCGCAUUGAGGAGGAUCCCCCCAUUCGUAAUGCAGAAGAUGAGCCCGUUCGCACUGAAGAACAAGAACAUGUUCACAAUGAGGAGGGAGAACAGGUUCACAACGAACCUCCUGUUCGUACUGAGGCUCCAUCUCCGAAUCGUGAGCUGAUUCUUGCAUCCAAAGUCUCCACUUCUGAGGCUUACUCCAAAGCCGCUGUUGAGUCAAUCCUUGACCGAGUUACGAAGGAACAUACUGCUAAUGUAUCUACUUUGUCCAAUGUAGUUUCUGACUCUACUAGUGUCUGUAAGUCACCGACCGAAAAAGUUGUUAAACUAAUUGCUGACACAAUAGAAUUCAUGGAGGAUUACAAGAAUACCUACAAUGCCAACACAGUGACUGCGAAGAAGGCUAUUCAUAAUGUCGGUGCCAUGUUCCAAGCGGAAAAGGCGAACUUUGUUGAACUUCACAAGGCAUUUUAG